AUGGGUACGGCACCACAGAUUGACGAUUGGUGGCCAAACCGCUUGCAGAUUGAGCUCCUGCACCAAAACCCUGCGGAAGCGAAUCCGCUCGGAGACCACGACUACGCGUCGGCUUUCCAGAGCCUUGACUACGAGCAGGUCAAAGCGGACAUCAAAGAGAUGCUCACGGACUCCAAAGAAUGGUGGCCCGCUGAUUACAACAACUAUGGUCCUCAGAUGGUCCGCAUGGCAUGGCACGCCGCUGGGACUUACCGAAUCGCGGAUGGACGCGGCGGGGCUGGCACAGGGAUGCAACGCUUCGCGCCGACCAGCUCUUGGGACGACAACGGCAACAUCGAUAAAUCUCGCCGACUCAUGUGGCCAAUCAAGCAAAAAUAUGGCGCGGCACUGUCAUGGGGCGAUCUCAUGAUCCUGACUGGAAACUGUGCGCUUGAGAUUAUGGGAUUCAAGACCUUUGGGUUCGGCGGAGGUCGUAUCGAUACUUGGGAACCAGAUCGGGGCAUCUACUUCGGUGCAGAGUUCUGGAACGGAAAGCUUGUGGACGAGUACUUCCCGAACCCUGAAAAUGGAUCCGCUGAAAUGGUCACACGCACCAAGCGGUGGGUCGGCGAGCCGGGUGACAAGGACUACGACCUUGAAAAUCCACUUGGAGCGAGCUUCCAGGGACUGAUCUAUGUCCACCCUGAGGGCCCUCGGCGCGAUGGUGAUCCUGUGUCGUCUGCGUAUGACAUCCGAGAAACCUUUGCACGCAUGGCGAUGAAUGAUGAAGAGACCGUCGCGUUGAUCGCUGGCGGACACGCAUUUGGAAAGAGCCAUGGCAUGGUCAGCGCCGACAAGAUCGGCCCUGCUCCAGAGGGCGCUCCAAUCCAUGCAAUGGGACUCGGAUGGCAGAACAAAGAAGGCACCGGUUUCGCUGAGUACGCGAUGACCAGCGGCAUCGAGGGCGCGUGGACACCUGAGCCUACAAAGUGGGAUAACGCGUAUCUUGAGAACCUGUUCAAGUACGAAUGGGAACUCACCAAGAGCCCUGCGGGUGGUAUCCAGUACAAACCAAAGACUGAUGAUGCACCGAAGACUCCUGACGCUCAUAUCGAAGGACAGAUGAACGAGCUGAUGAUGCUCGCUACAGACAUCGCUCUCAAAGUGGAUCCGGAGUACCGCAAGAUCUGCGAGCGAUUCCUCGAAGACUUUGACUACUUCUCUGAUUGCUUCGCGAGAGCAUGGUACAAACUGACCCACCGCGAUAUGGGUCCCAAGUCACGCUACCUUGGUCCUGAAGUACCAAGCGAGGACCUCAUUUGGCAAGACCCACUCCCUGCUGUUGACCACGAUCUUGUGAACGACACUGACAUUGCGAACCUCAAGCAAGCGAUUAUGAGUAAGGGUCAGUCGGUGCCAGCGCUGAUCUCCGCUGCGUGGUCGUCCGCUUCCAACUACCGUGACUCGGACAAGCGCGGUGGAGCGAACGGCGCUCGCGUCGCGCUCGAUCCACAACUCAGCUGGGCCGUGAAUCGUCCUGAAGAGCUUGCGAGCGUGCUCGAUAUGCUUCGCGAAGUGCAGAGCGAGUUCAACGCAUCACAGAGUGGGAACAAGAGGGUCUCGCUUGCAGACCUCAUCGUGCUCGCCGGAUGUGCGGCACUCGAGAGAGCCGCGAAAGAUGCAGGUGUUGAGGUCCAAGUGCCGUUCACUCCUGGACGCACUGACGCGACCCCUGAGCAGACCGAUGCGGAGAGCUUUAACUGGCUCCAGCCGGUCUCUGAUGGAUUCCGCAACUACCACAAUCGCGAGGUAGGGUUCUCGGUUAUGCCGGAGCGGAUAUUCCUUGAUCGCGCCAACCUGCUCACGCUGACCGUUCCAGAAUGGACCGUGCUCGUCGGUGGACUCCGCGUGCUCGAUCAGAACUUUGAUCACUCCAAGCACGGCGUAUUCACAGAGCGUCCGGGCCAACUCACCAAUGACUUCUUCCGUGUGCUCACGAGCAUGGAUUACGAGUGGGUUCCUGCGGACAAAUCCGAGAUGGGUUACUUCAUCAAGGAUCGUACAUCGGGAGAGACCAAAUACACCGCGACACGCUGUGAUCUGAUCUUCGGAUCCAACUCUCAGCUCCGAGCUGUUGCUGAGGUGUACGCCUCCGAUGAUGGACAUGAGCGGAUGGUGAAGGACUUCGUCGCCGCUUGGAACAAAGUCAUGAUGCUUGAUCGCUUCGGUCUUGUGAACUCUUGA